UAUUAAUGUUUUAUGGUUUGAAAGUUAUUAACGUUUUAUAGUUUUGAAGUUAUUAACGUUUUAUAGUUUGGAAGUUAAACGUUUUUAGUUUUUAGAUUAUUCAUAUUUCAUACUUUCGAAGUUAUUGACGUUUCAUAGUUUUUAGGUUAUUUACGUUUUAUUGUUUUUAGGUUAUUCACGUUUUUUAGUUUUGAGGUUAACGUUUUAUAGUUUUUAGGUUAUUAACGUUUUAUAGUUUUGAAGUUACUGGUGAUUUAUAGUUUUAGGUUAUUAAUGUUUUAUAGUUUGGAAGUUAUUAUCAUUUUAUAGUUUUUAGGUUAUUAACGUUUAAUAGUUUUGAAGUUAGCAUUUUAUAGUUUUGAAGUUAACGUUUAUAGUUUGUAAGUUAUUCAUAUUUUUUACUUUUGAAGUUACCGGUGUUAACCUUUUAUAGUUUUUAGGUUAUUAACAUUUUAUUGUUUUUAGGUUAUUAAUGUUUUUUUUUUAGGUUUUAGGUUAUUAACGUUGUAUAUGUUUUAAGUUAAUAAUUUUUUAUAGUUUUGAAGUUAUUGUCGAUUUAUAGUUUUAGGUUAUUAACAUUUUAUAGUUUGGAAGUUGUUAACGUUUUAUAGUUUUUAGUUUAUUAACAAUUUAUAGUUUGGAAGUUAUUAACAUUUUAUAGUUGUUAGGUUAUUAAUGUUUUAUAGUUUUUAAGUUAUUAACGUUUUAUAGUUUUUAAGUUAUUAAUGUUUUAUAGACCCCGAAAGGGACAAGCGGUAAAAAAAAGGGAUGGGUGUUUUAUAGUUUUUACGCUUCUAAUGUGUCACGUCGGGAACGCAUUUUGUAAGCGUGUUGAGUCACCACAAGAUGCACGAGGACCAGGACAAGCAGGAAUUGCAGGUUACAGAUGACCACGGACGCUGCAGCCUGGGCGGCCGCGCACGGCAUCCUGACGCGGGUCCAGUCGCGGGCGAUGUACUGGUGGUAGGGGUCCUGGGAACUCUCCGUCUUCCUGGAGCGGAUGAAGCUGAGCAUGACGCCUAAGGAGAAGAAGCCGAACAUGCCGAGCACCAGGAGGACGAAGAGCGCGGCCUGAGUCGACCCCUGGGGAGCCGUCCACCACGACGACGGCGCGACGGUGUGGUUGUGCGCAGGCGGCGGAAGAAGACCGCUUGUGUUGAGGCAGCGCGGCAACAGCGAGGAAGUCACCUCGGUGGCGUUGAUGGGCGACAUGGACGCCCUCUGCUGGACACUCCGCUACAAGCACAGCCAGGCAGGUACAAGAAAAGUGCCGGGAACACCACCAGGAUCUGUACAUCGCCUUCAUCGACCUGUCCAAGGCAUUUGACACCGUAAACCGGAAUCUCCUCUGGGACUUACUGGGAAGGAUGGGAAUUCCACCAAAGUUCCUCAACAUCCUGAGACAACUUCACGAUGGAAUGCGAGCCUGUGUCCGCAUUGUAGGCCAGCAAUCCCCCUCUUUUAAUGUGAAAGUCGGGGUCAGGCAGGGAUGUGUCCUAGCCCCUGUUAUAUUCAACCUCUUUCUCUCAGCAGUCACUCUCCUCUCACACAAAGCUCUGGGAACCACAGAUGGCAUCCACAUACAGUUCCGGCUAGACGGCAGUCUCUUCAACAUCCGGCGCCUCCAGGCCUUCACUAAAAUCACAAAACAACAGAUCCUAGAACUUCAGUAUGCUGACAAUUGUGCUCUCCUUGCCCACACGCCAGACUCUCUCCAACGUGCACUUAACGUGGUCUCAUCCACGUACAGUGCCCUAGGACUCAAGGUCAACAUUUCAAAAACACAGAUCAUUGCGCAACACUCUAUCCAUCAGUCAGAAGUGCCUGUCUUCAACAUUGAUGGCCAGCAGCUCACCAUCGUUCAACACUUCACCUACCUCGGAAGCGUCCUGUCCCCCACCUGUAACAUCGAUAAUGACAUCCAGGUCCGUGUUGGGUUAGCGUCUGCUGCCUUCGGUAGGCUCAAAACCAGGGUCUUCCUGAACAGAAACCUGACAGUUUCCACCAAAGCAGCUGUUUACAGAGCAGUUUGUCUGUCCACACUGUUAUAUGGCUCGGAACCCUGGACCCCUUACCAGAGGCACGUCAGAAUCCUGGAGAGAUACCACAUCCGCUGCCUGCAACGGAUUCUGGGUCUGACUUGGGAGGACAGGGUCCCUCAUGUGGAUAUUUUUGACCGGACCCAAACACCCAGCAUCCAAGUGUUCCUUGCGCAAAGACAUCUGCGCUGGGUGGGGCAUGUAAUCCGCAUGCCCGCCCAGAGACUCCUCCGACAGAUCCUCUACGGCCAACUCCAGGAAGGCUGUAGGUCUCCUGGGGGUCAGCGGAAACGCUACAAGGACCACAUAAAAACCCUCCUGAAGCGCUGUGCUAUCCAGCCUUCCGCACUGGAAGUCUUGGCUGCUGAUCGCCACAUCUGGCGCGACUGCAGUCACGCCGGCAUUGCUCAUCUCCAGGAGCAGACCACUGAGAGGAGAAAAGGACAACGUAUACAGCGACAUCAGCGCGCUGCAGGGGCCCCCCUCUCAAACAUGGACUACAUCCGCCCCACAUGUGGCAAACCAGGCGGGUCACGCAUUGGCCUGCACAGCCACAUGCAAUGGCAUAUUCGAAACCCCCCUCAAUGACCCAUUACUGGAGCAACGUCAUCAUCGUAAUCGAUGGACAGCCAUAAGCAAUUAAAACAAAUGUUUGACUUAAUACGGUAUCUAUAUAAACGUUGUCAAAGUUUCUCUUAUUUUUGGCACAAUGACAAUUAAGUAAACCCAAAUGUGUGAUCAAAUAUGUAUUCUGAACAAGAGAUUGUGAGUAGUGUUUUCGCUUUUUUUGCUUAUAUUAUAUACGGCAACUUAA